AAAGAACAAUAUGACAGACUACAACAAAAAAAUUAAUGAUCUCAGGAAAAUUCCCGAAAACAAAAGCUGCUUCGAUUGAGGCGAGAAGGGAGUCAACUAUGUGGUCCUUGAUUUCGGAGUCUUUGUUUGUAACACAUGUUCGGGAAUUCACAGAGAACUUACACAUAAAGUAAAAGGAAUUGGGAUGAGUAAUUUCAAUGAAAAAGAUUUUGAUAAAAUCCAGAAAUGGGGAAACUCCAAAGCAGAAGACUAUUGGAUGGCUGGCCACAACAGUACAUUGUUCCCCAUCCCUGAACGGAGAGACCUCACCAAGAUGAAAGAGUUCAUGCGCAUGAAAUAUGUCCAGAAGAGGUUCCUUGAAGAUGAAGACAACAGUGAUGAUAGUGACGAAGACAGUGAAGAGGAAACCAAAAAGAAACAUAAGAAAAAGAAGAAGGCCAAGAAAGCCAAAAAGAGCAAGAAGAAGAAAAAGAAACAGACCAGCAGUGAGGAUGACUCCGAUGAUGACGAGUCCGAACAAGAAGAACACAAACAAGAGAAACCUGCUCCAACCAAAAAGAAAGUCGGAUUUAAAACUGCUCCCAAAGGAACUGCUAAAGCCGCAAAAGCAAAAGUGUCGAAUCGGGCAGCUCCGAAGCCCAGUGUAGAGCAGCCCAAAGAAGACCUCCUGGAUAUCCUCGACUUUGGACCAGAGUCUGCUCCACCAGCAGCCUCAGCAUCAAGCGGUGGAGAUAGCGGAUGGGCCACCUUCGAAAGCGGAACACAGCAAGAACCCACCAAAGCCCAAGAAAGCAACGACUUGUGGGGAGCUUUUGACACACCCACCCAGAAAGAGAAAUCAGCAAAUGACUUGGUCAGCAGCUUAGGCGACUUGUAUGGCCAGGCAGCUAAGACUCAACAGCAGCAGAUGAAUCCAUUCGGAGCAUUUGGAAUGCAAAACAUGCCACAGUCGGUACCUCAAACAAUGCAACAGCGCGCGCCACAGGGUCCAGCUCCGACCAACAGCUUCGGAAUGGGGACAACUCAACCACAAACCACAUCUGCUUCAGGAUCAAUGCCGGGCGCAGGAACACAAGCAGACCCGUUCAUGUCAGCAAUGCAAGAAGAGCAGAAACUUCAGUACGAGCAAAUGCAGAAAGCCCAGGCAGCCAAGCUUGCUCAGCAAACUGCUGCUCAAGCCAACGGAAGCAACGCAGGAGUGACUCCAAAUAUGUUCUUUCAGCAGAUGUUCCAGAUGAUGGGUAAUCAGGGAGGCCAGAAUCAGCAGCAGAACGCAAUGAUGUUAGCAGCGAUGCAAAGCAUGAUGCAGCAAAUGUCUGUGGGAAACCAAGGGGGAGAUACGAAUGCUGAGUCUAAGACAGCGUCAGCACCAGCACCGGCACCUCAGCGGGACACUUCCAAUGGAGCAUUUAAAAGUUUGUUUAACAAUGCUGCUACAUCAGCUACUACAGGUGCAAGGCAUUCAGAUAUUACUGGUUCAACUUCUUCUCAUUCUUUUAAUUCUUUUGACCAAGCUCCUUCAUCAAUGCCAGGGUCUGCUCGAGAUCAUGAACCUUCAAAUCCAUUUAGUAACUUUGGAUCAGCUCCUGAGCCACCUGCUCCUGCUCAACCUCCAACACAAUCGGAUGAUAUUUUCAAUGGAGGAUUUUCGAAUUCAGGUUGGAGUGGAGGCCAAACUACUCCAGCACAGCCAGCUCCUUCAAAUAACCCAUUUGAUAUGUUUAAAUAAUUCAGUAUAUUCA